UUUCAGUGCUCACGUGCGUGCACAUGAAUGUCUCCGAGGAAUAUUGUAUCCAUUUGUUGAGAGGCCAACUACGACACUAACGCGUAAGCCCCAAAAAGCAGCAGGUUCGAAAAAGUAGCCAUGCAGCAGGCCAUGGUCUCCUUGCAGAUGAACGAUCCAUCCCACGCCAAAUCACCCGGCCGCCCCGCCUACGGCCCCCGGAAGUGAAAAUCGCAGCACCUCUACUUCAUCGGCAACCAUGAAGUCCAACGAAGUUGAGGUAUCAGAGGACCAUAUGACGUCCACCCGGCAUUGCCCUGCCGCUGCCGCUGCCGCUUCCGGGUCGACUGCCCACAGUCUUAGCCCCGUCGCCCCUUGCGAAAGUCUAGUCGCCAAUGUCUGUGUCUGUCCUUGCGAUAGGACAGACACCGACGAGCCCACGAUCAGCUUUGCGAUUUGGUCCACGCCAUUGGGCUCAAUGUCCCUUCGCAGCACAGAGACACACUGCGGCGUCGUUGAGGGUGACUGGAAGGUGGGCAGGGAGAAGCCAGCUAUCUUGAAAUUGAGGCCAGCCACCUCAUAGUCGUUGGAGGCGCGCGCACUUGGUAGCUGAGGGGGCGGCAGGACGCUGGCGUCGACGAAGAAGCCGUGGAUGUCUCCAUCGGCCCGCACGAGGAAGAGCAGGCAGCUCGCAUCGCCCACACGAUUGAGCAUGUCAGUGUACGCAAACCCGUGCACAGUGGCCCUGUAGUCAAUGAAGCACGCCAAGGAGAGGAGAACAAGAGAAGAGCAUCAUGGGCUGAGGUAAUCGAUGGUGUAUUUUGGCUCUCUUACUUGUAGAGCAGCUCAAUGCCUGUCAUCUGUGUGCCCGUCUUCUGCAGUACGGCCAUCAGCUGACUGGCGGAGGCGAUCACAGAGGGGCUGGGGAUGCACUGCCCAUCGCCAUGCAGCCGCAUCAUGGGCUCCAUCGCCAGGCCGUGUCUCUCCAUCGCCGCCAUGAGUGGUGCCUUCAGCCGUCGGGGCGCAUACGGGGGGUCGACCACAGUCAUGGGCGCAGCAGCACGCAGGCGGCCGGCGAAGUCGAUGGCGAGCGCAUCGGCUGCGAUGUUGGCAUCGUGUGAGGGAAGAUACUGUUUGAGCAUUGACGAGAGGCGCUUCACGGUAACCGCAAGAUCGGCGAUUAUUGCAAGCCUCCGGUGGGGGGCUCCUGCUGGCAGAAGUACCUCGAGCAGGUUAGCGGCCGACGAGUGGACAAAGACCGCCAUGCGCAACUGAUCAGCAGAGACACAAUGAAGGAAUGCAGAUAGAUAGUACUUUCUAAAUGAGCACCACGACAAACAUCAUUGCGGCCUUUCCCUUACUGCUGCGAUGUGUUCGCUCGUCAUGAAGAGAUGCAGUACUCCGUCCACUGAAUGCACAUUCCCCUCUAUCUCGGUGCGGCCUCUGAAGCGUCUCUCAAUUGCUUUGUUGAGAGCAUCCAGAUGGGAUCGAUAAAGCAGGACCACCGUCAGCGUGGAGACCGACUCAAUCUCGAGGACCGACCAGAUGCUCGACAGAAUGAAGGCACCGGGAUCGACAACAUAGGCCGAUGGCACUGAGGCAGGGAGACACGGAGACACGGAGCCGUAACCUGAUCAGCGAGUGGACAUUUUCUUCAUUCUUUCGCUACUUACCGUCUAGUUUCAUGACCAGCUUCUUGAUGUGGGGCAUUUGGUCCUUGUGAUCGCCCAGUGUGAUGCCCUCUCUCUCGUCCUCGGCCUUGAUGAACUCACGGCGAGUCUCAGACACAUAGCCCAGAUGCAGCUGGUCGAUCGUCCCACCACCUCCAUUGACGAGAGCCUGGCGCGCCCCUCCUUCGCUGCCGCAGAUGCUGAAGUCACGGAUGGCUGACAUGUGGGGACGUGUGGCUGCCGCAAAAAGUGCAACAGCGUCUCCCUUGACGAGGAGCGUCUUCACCUUCUGGAGACUCUGUCGAAUACGCAGUGGAAUACUGAUCUCGCACCCUUCCUCCUCUUGACGCAACUGCUCGACAGUGAGCCUUUCGGGCAUCCUCCACACACAGACGCACGCCAGGAGGCUCAAUACGUCCGAUGAAAACAUGUCCAUCACCCGCAAAUUCUCGAGUUGUGCACCACUUCGCAAAAGCAUCUUUGCCACCCCCAUGCCGAUGCGGCUCUUGACGGUCAAACUUUUCACUCGCACGAGUAAGUCAGCUCUUAGGGCUUUGAACUCGGGAGGCUCUGGUGGGAGGGCGUCAGUUGGCGGGGUCCAGCCCUCCUCGCACUCGAUGGACAUGCUGAAUCCACUUUUCGGAGCGCACCCUCCAAGCGACAGCGUGUUCACCAAGUUCUUGUCGAUAGGCCCGUUGGAUGGUCGCGCCACUUGGUUCUGCGUGACGGUCCAGACGUAGCGGUAUCCGGGCCGGACACCGCCUUGAUCAAUACUUGUGACAGAAGGACAAUCAGG